AUGGAUUGCGCCAGCCACCGAAUCCCUCUAGGGAUAUGGCGUCUCCGAGUAUUCAAAAACCUUCUAUCAACAUCCUAUCAAUCGCCAAAGUCACACUCCUUCUCAUCGCAAACGCGCCAUAACCAAUCCCACAAUGACGCCUUGACACCCCCAUCACAGCGCCUACCACAAUCACCUCUCCUCACCCAUCCACGACGAGGACCAAAGCAAUAUGCCAGUCCGAAACUAGCUCCUGCGAAAGGGGGCCUGGAACCGCUCGCUAAGAAUCCAUGGGCGCUAGCCCUGGCGUCACCGGUCAGAAUAUGCACGUUAACUGGAGCACGGAUACCACGCGACUUAAUGGGAGAAUGGGGAUUAGUGCGAAAGCCCAGAACAGAGACAAGCUCUGAUUUGAACGACACGGGUGGCACAGACCAAGACAAAAUGUAUUUCUUGCCAGUGGAUCUCCUCAAAGAUUCACUGAACGGGAAUACCAAAUUCACCGCCCAGGACCAGAGUCAAGAUAAGACAGGCAGCGCUGCGGUGGAGAACAAAAAACCCCGCUUAACCUUUCAUAUGGCCAAUUCUCUGUCAGCUCUACGAAAGAUCCAUGGGGUAUUUAGUAAAAUUAAAGGAAAAAAACCUAUUGCUUCGAGAAUGGUGCCUUUCCGAUGGAAGCAUCCGCAAGGACCUAUCACAGCACGCGAAGAGAAACAAAUGGCCUGGAGGAUUGAUAUGCCCGAUUUUAUCUUGCGCCUUGCGAGACGUGACGUGGUCAAGCGACUUGUGGCGGCUUCUCAACAGUCAAAUCACCUUGGUGCUGCGAAUGGGGUUUGGAGGGCUAUUGAGAUGCAAGGCUAUUCGGACUUGGCUCUUUCGGAGGCAGUAGCCCAGAUGGAGCCUAUAGACCGGAUUGAAUACGGUGCAGUGCUUCUGCUAGGACGUUCGCCCGAAGUUGAUGGGAAUGAAAAUGGUACCGUGUUCCCAGGGUCUGUUGCUCUUCCUCAGACUCAGAACGUUCCCGUGUUUGACCUAUCGAGACUUUUGUCGGACUCUGACUUGACGACACUUCGAGAGGCUGCUCCGCAUUUCCAGCGCUCUGCACUCUUCUUCAGACCGAAUAACAAGGCAGUCAAUGGGUUGCUGUUAUCGUUGUGGAAUUUAAAAUUCUUCCUUGCAGGGACGGAGCUCGAAGCUUGA